AUGGCGAUACUCAUUUUCCAGCUCGGCGGCGCUGCGGCUGCCACCGAGGCCGAUCGGCUUUUCCAUGUUUUUGAUCGCGAAUUUUCUUGCAUCGGAUUCUUCAAACCACCCCACAAAUCCCAUUUACGGACUUCGAGUGGGAGGUUCGGAAGUGCUUCCCACGGGCGCUACCACAGUGUCCACGUUGGGAGGCUGGCUAACCGACCCGCAUUGGGGACUAUUGCCAAUGGAGUACGAGUCAUGACCAGGCCGGCGAUGAUUGCGGCUAAACACGGCGUGGGGGUAUACCAUCUUGCUGCCUAUCGCAAGGAAUUCGUGUGGUGCGCAUCGCGGAUGGCGUCGGUUUCUUUCGAUUCUGUUUAUUUCCUCAUGGGAUCGGCGUCUCACGUAUCAGCAUACCUCAUAGGCGAGAGGGGCAUUGGCGCACACAAGUCAGCAGUCGUCGACAUUGGCCGAUUUACGAAUUGA